CGUUUGGCUGGGUGCGCGCGUUGGCGGGAAUCGUGCGGGAGCGGCUGGUGCGAUCCUAUGAAUUCCAAAAUGAAACAGAAACUGAACGCAGAAAAAUCGUCAGGAUCUUUGCAGAAGUACCUCACAGACACCACAUGCAGUGCUGCCCCAAGACGGACUCUUAAAAUGAUUCAGCCUUCAGCAACAGGUUGCCUGGUUGGCAGACGUAAUGAGAAGAAAUCUUCAGUCAAAAGGAAACUUUGGAAUAACAAGUUCACCUCAAAGGCUUGUAAAGCUGAGGUGUCUGCGGACAAGGAGCAAGAAAAUGAGAAUAUGAAUGAUGUCAUUCAAGCUGUAGAUCUCAUGAUAAAAGACUUACUGUGGCUUCUUACUUCAGGAAGUCCUUCAUCUCAAUAUUGGAAAGAAGUGGCUGAAGAGAGGAGGAAGGCUCUGUAUGAAGUGCUUCAAGAAAAUGAAAAGUUGCACAAAGAAAUUGAACAGAAAGAUGGUGAAAUUGCCCGCCUAAAAGAAGAAAAUGAAGAGCUAAUGUCCCUUGCUGAACAUGUGCAGUAUAUGACGAGCAUGAUUGAGAGGCUAACUGGGCAAGCACCUGACAAUCUUGAGACACUGAGGAGUGUGGCUCUAGAGGAAUCUGAACAAGAAAAUGAAGAGCUUAACUGUGGAGAUAAUGCAGACAGCACUUCUGAAGAAGGGCCAUCACAAGUAUCAUGUGGCUUAAGGGAGAGUAUAUCAGAUCUUGCUUCAAAGGAAGCAAAUCAUUUGCAACUGGAAUGACAACCUUUAAAUAGGCUUAUGUAUGUGGCUUUUAAUUGCAGACUUCCUCUUGAAAGGAUAUACUAAAACUUCUCAGGUAUAGAAACUCUUGUGGAAGUAUUACAGAUGUUGGUUUUUAACUGGAAUUAUGUAGCAGUGGGAGUAUCUGGAUACUGCGUAGAAAACUUACUACAGGCUGAACUUAGUUGCUUGUAUAACAUGCAAAUACUGUGUAUUUCAAACUGUUGUGUAUAUAUCUUAUCGGUUGGUCUGACAUGAUAUGUGAAAAUUGAUAAAUAAACCUUUACCUUACCAAAACAGCCUCUUAUUUGAGUGGGGAAUGACUUGUUCUAGGUUUAAGUCAAUUGUGACUACUGUAGAUGGAAGCUUUCAAGUUUUUUUGGAAGUGCCUGGGCAGUUUUUAGCUCCUUAGAUUUCCAGAAUUCUGGAGAACAGAGUAGUUUUGGUGGAUAGGGAAGGCAAAAUAAAACUUGUGUGCUGUUGGUGAGGCUUCAGAAAGUCAAGAAUGGGUAAUAAGAGUCAAGAUCUGAAGUUUAGUUAGAUUUAUGCUUUUCAGGGUUUUUUUAAAUAAUUGCCUCUGUCUUUUAAGGGAGCCUUUUCCAAGAUGUAUAGAUGAGAGCUUAAGUAGAAAGUUAUUAGACAGUCUCUCGUAGAAAUACAUUUAUUGGCUUAUAAAGAAAAGGUGGGAUGUUCUUGCUCCUAAUUGCAGCUGUACUGAAAAUUAGAUGGAGACAAAGCAGCCUACACUUCAGAGCUACUCUGAAAGGAAACUCAAUGUCUGUUUUCAAAGUACUGCUCUGGUAUUUACUGAGAGAUGAGACACACUUUUACCAAGAUAAUAAUGUUCUGAAGGGUUUACAGGAAUAAAAAGCACUCUCUAAAACUUUGAGCACCUUAUCUGGCAGCCAUAUGGGGGGAAAAAUGCUUGUGGUUGAAAGUACUGAGGUAGAAGGGGAGAGUAAGCUGAAUACAGGUUUUUCCAGUCCUGAAUGAACUCAGCAGUUGUUCUGUAAGUAACAAGGUCUUCCAAGAAUAGGCUUUGAAAGAUGGUGGCCAUUGCAAUAUCUUGUGAAGAGCUCAAAGUUGAGUGGCUUUCAGGAGGCAGAGAUAAUCAGAGGGAUUCUGGUUUAUGGAUCUGUCUGGCUUCAGGCUAUGUGUGAACACAUCUGUGGAGCUAUCAGAUUGGCACCUUUAGAUUCCUUCUGUAUCUUAUUCUCUCCCUGUGGGUGUCAGUAAAUUAAUAGAUGUUUCACAACUGAUUUCAGUUGUGACACUCAGGGAAUGUCAGAACCAUUGUAGGAAGUAACAUUCCUUCUGGCUUCCAUUUCAUCUUGAAUCUGGUAACCACAAGGUGAGGCAUCAUCUUUUCCUGGGAGCUUUGUAAACAAAAGAUUACACCUUCCAGUUUGUGCUCUAGAGGGUGCUUAGACAUAACCCUUUCCAUCACAGUGCAGAAAUGGUGACAAAGGUGUGCCCUUUAACUUGCACUGAUGCUGUGUUUAAGAAAAAACAAACAACUGGAUGCUGGAUUACUCUACAAAGCAGUUACCUUGGUUUUCUGUUCAAAAGAAAUAGAUAGUACUGUCAAGUGACUUAAACCUCUCCUAUCUCAGAUUCAAUUUUCAUGUCAAGUAGUUCUUCAACAAUAGUAAAUUGGUAAGGAAACACAUGAAAUUUAAGUGUUAUAAUAGUCUUCAUGCAGUGCAAUUUAGUUUAAGUUAUUCAUAGUUAGUGAUUUUUUCAGAGGUGGCUUUAUUUUUAAACAUCAGGAAUAUUUUGCAUUUGCAGAGACUGUAGCAGGGAAGAAAGCACUGUUGCAUAAUUAGCUGGCCGGGCAGACUAAUCCAACUGAGACAGCAAGUGCAACUUAUUUUCCACCAUUUCACCUUCUGCUCUGUGAACUGCUGUAAUACAGGUGCUGCUGUUAGAACAAAGAACUGCCAGAAAGUAACAAAUCCAGGAUUUGCAUGCAUUAUCUGCAUCUGGCUCUUCCUUAUUUCCAUCAAGAUGGGCAGGAAGAAAGCUUAUUAGGUUUAAAUCUCGUGCUUUUUCUUGAUUGAUUUCAUUUAAAUAACAAAGACAAGACAGUCCCUUGAGUAGCUGGAUCCUUACUUGUGUUGAAAUGGGUUGUGUACAAAAUAAAUCAUGCAAGUUCUUUGUGUAGGCUGAUGGAUGUAUUGCAGCAUUUGGCCCACCUGUAAUAAAUUUUUACAUCAAAAAGACAUGUGCCGCUUCGUAGUACAUACACUUGCACCUAAAGUCUUCAAACCAAGGCUACUAUGGUUUUAUUAACUUUAAUUCAUUAGCAGAGAGAAUAGUUUGCUGUAUAAACUCUUGAAAAAACAUGCUGCAGGAGAAGACCGGGUAUGAGAGCUGAAUUGUGGCGUAGGAGUAAAACCCAUAUACAUGCUCUAUCUCUGUCAUGGAUGUAUUGGACCUUGAUCAAACAAUCUCCCAAUGCCUAUUAUAUCAGAAAUAUGAAUGUAUGAAAGUGUUGUCAAAAGUUUUAUGAUGCUGCAUUAAUUGCUGUUUAAAAAUACUCUG